AUGCUCUGGAGGCUGCCGGCCUCCGUCCGCUCCUUAGUUCUCCCCACAUGCCACAGAUAUAGCUCCACGGUAGCUUCGUCUCGAAUCCCAGAACCAUUGAGGAUAUUAUUUUGUGGCUCCGAUGAGUUCAGCAUCGCGUCAUUGCGCGCCUUGAAUGGGGUCAAGCAUGAUGCACCGCAACUCAUAGACUCAAUCCAUGUAGUCCACCGACCAGCCAAGCCCGCAGGACGUGGCCUGAGGACCCUACGAGAAGUACCCAUCAAGCAGGUGUCCACCAACGAGCUCGCCCUUCCUACACACGCAAUCGACACCUUCACUGGCUGGACACCUCCCACGCCUAUAAACCUCGCCAUCGCCGUAUCCUUCGGGCUCUUCGUGCCCCCGCGAAUCCUAGGUCUAGCGAGAUACGGUGGCUUGAAUGUGCACCCCUCGCUCCUGCCUGACUUGCGAGGUCCAGCGCCAAUCGAACACGCUUUAUUGCGACGGCGCGAAUAUACCGGCGUCUCGAUACAAACGCUGCAUUCGAAACAGUUUGACCGUGGCACGAUACUCGCGCAGACGCCUGCGCCAGGCAUACGUGUACCUCCUGGUCUGAACGCUGUGCUGUUAGAGGAGCAACUAGCGAGAACAGGAGCAGAAAUGCUCGUAGACGUCUUGAAGACGCAUAGAUUCGCCCCUCCACUUGAAGAUGUAGGAUGGUAUGAUACUUCGGACGGACCCAUCGACCACGCCCCAAAGAUCACGAAGAAGGACCGCUUCAUCGACUUUAGUGUCAAUACUAUUGAGAACAUCUUGUCUAUUCAGCACGCACUGGGGGACUCAUGGUGCAUUCUGCCUAAUGGCGACCGCCUGAUAAUACACAAGAUCGCAGAUACGGGGAAGAUCGAUGAACGUGGUGGUGAGCCAGGCAUCUGGGUACAAAAGGGCUAUGACUAUCCGCUGUUCCGUGAUGCUAGUGGGAAGACGGGCGUUAUACUGGAGAGCACAUAUGCAGGGUUCAAGGCGGGACAGGGAAAUGCGAAGCUACUACGCAUGUUUCCUGCUCAAGAAAGGGAGGCAGUGAGAGUGUUUGUCUUUAGACCUUGACGGGCUGAAAUGGAUGCAAACGGUGACGAGGGCAAUCUAGGUAGUUAGACUACCCCUUUUGCAAGGAUAGCAAUGUUGAAACCUAGAUUCGCUCCAAGGUGUAACUUCUCAGAGGACUCAAACCGCUCAGGUAGUAUGCGAUGAUAGUACAACAUUACUGUACCAAGCUUCUGUAAUUUAGAAAAGAUUAUUAUAUUCAGCAUACUACGACCUGCUCAGUCUGUAGCGUGAUGGAUCGAAUCUAACUCUGGGAAGUAUGCGAUGGAAGGAGUAUUGCUUUGAGAGAAAGUAAAGUCAACGCUAAAGCGGAUCAUACAACGCAGUAAGAGAAAUCAGUAUAAAAUCAUAGUUCAGGUGCUAUACCCAGCACCUUAACACAGUAUUAAGGCAGUAAAAUUUACACAAUACUAGGUCAGCU